GUUGUUUAAGUGAUUUUCUAUGCGGAAGCACGAGGGUUCGGUUUUACGAAGUAAAGCUGUGAAAAAAUAAUUAAAUUCAUCAGAGGCCUCCGUGCAAAUGGAAGAAUCAAACCUGAAAUUGCUUUCGUCUUCCAGUGGUUCCGUUAGCAAAAGGGACCAACGUCUGGAGCGCAAAAAGCGAAAGCUUCUCGCCUUGGCCGAGGUGAUGCAGUUGAACGAGCAAGACGGGACUAGUUCUACUGCUGCUGCUGGUGCUACUCUUUCCUCGGCCGAUGUUAGCAGUUCAGUUUCGUCGACAGUGGAGAACGGUUGUCAGCAGGAACAGGAACCUGACCCGAAGAAAACAAAGUUGGAAGACGGUGAUUAUCGUGUGUUGAAAGCGGAGGUAAACCAACGACGUGACAGAAUGCGGAAUAUCCCGAAACUUCGUUUGAAGGAGGUGGGGGAGGAAGCGCUAAUGAAGACCAAGCCGGAGGAGCGCGUUCCGUUGUUGUUGGAUGAUAUUCAGGCUCUCUUGAUGUAUACUUUGCUGCGGACCGAUUCUCCAACAAAUCCUAGUCGGUGGGCUGCUUUGGAAAAAUCAGCCAAACUAACGCACACAACUGUACUGUUAAUCGAAGGACUUACGUCGGAUGAUUUCAUCGAAUUCGAGAGCGAUUUUAAGGAGUGCAAGAAGAUAUUCCACCACAUACUGCAGGUGGUGGUACCGAGUGACCGGCUAGUUGAUGAAUUGGCAUGCGUGCCACUGAGUGACACGCACAAGGAUAUUCUGUUGGCCGAGUACGGCUCCUUGGAAGCGGCUAUGUUGGCCCGCAAGGACAAUCUUCUGAUCAAGAGAAGCAUUUUCACUAACAUCUGUUUCGAUGUGGAGGACAGCGGUGGCGACUAUGAUGAAAACGAUCUACCCCAUGGCGAUAAGUUUCCUCGGACGCAGUUGCUUCUAUCACCCAUUCAGAUGAUCAACGAAGAUUAUCCAAUGCCAUUGACGGGAAGCCUCAAGCACCGAUACGCCGGAUACGUGACCACCAACGAUCACUAUGCCCCCGUAACGCCCAAAUCGCCGAUGUUCGGUUUGGAUUGCGAAAUGUGCAAAACCAGCAUCGGCGCGUCGGAACUCACCCGCGUGUCCAUUAUCGACGAACAGGGUAACGAGUUCUAUGAAUCAUUGGUCCGACCGUCGAACAAAAUCGUCGACUAUCUAACUCCAUUUUCCGGCAUCACGGCGGAAAUGAUGAAAAACGUUUCGAAAACGUUACAAGAUGUUCAGAAGGAUUUGCGGAACAAACUUCCACCGGAUGCGAUUCUGGUGGGUCAGUCGUUGAAUUUUGAUCUGCACGCAUUAAAGAUGAUGCACCCAUACGUAGUGGACACCAGUAUCCUGUACAACGUCACGGGAACGGCGGGAACCAAGAGUAAGCUGAAAGUAUUGGCACAGAAGUUCUUAAAGCAGAAUAUUCAAUGCUCUUCCGGAGGACACAAUUCGAUAGAAGAUUGUACGGCUUCUUUGGAGUUGGUGAAACUGAAACUGGCUAAGAACAUCUAUUACGGCGAUCAGUGGCUUCAGGACCGCCGAAAUUAUCACAAAAAAGUCAGCAGCAAGAUAGGAAUCGCUACGCCGGAAGAGAUUCAACGUCUCGGUGAAAAUUCCAGUACGACCGAAAUCACGGCUACACUGUUUGGGCACGCCAGGAAGAAGAACAAGAAAUCGGCCAUUAUAACCAAUGGGGAUAAUUUGGACAACUUCAGCGGUUAUUUCGGCGAAGCCAUUCAGGCCAAUAGGGAUGUGAAGAAGCUACUCAGCUUCCAAAAGCUGGACUGCGACCAGGAGGUCAUUGAGCACACCGUCGAAAAGUGUCUCAAUUAUGAUUUCAACUUAAGCUGCAUUCAGCUGAAGGAUGAGCAUUUGACCAAUGUGGACACUAAACGGGAAAAAAUUGAGCAGAUCGAUGGAUGGAUCCGGAAGUUGUUCGGAGGAAUUUCGGUGAACGGAUUGCUGGUGGUACUGCUGGCUGGAGGGGAAGUGAAUGAUCGGAGCAAGAUGGCGGUGGCGAUGAUUCAAACCAGGAAGGGAUGAUUGAGCGAGCGCGAGUCAGAAGAUGAAAAUUUUAUAUGAAGGGUGUUGAUAUUUUUUUAUUCGUUUCGUUACACGAAAAUAAAAGAGAGCAAUGUUCUAUGUGCUGUUAAUUCUGUUGAAUUCUUAAA